ACAAGACUCGGGUUUAAUGACAUGACCCCGUCUACAAUUACCUCUCAUGGACUCCCCGAGCAAUGAGUCGGCCUCGCCGGGGUAUACGGCCGAGACUCCCCCUCCCCCAGAGCCCGAGCAGAGCUAUUACCCCCCGCGAGUCUGUCGCAUCUGCCUCGACACGGUCCUGCCCACCGUGCAGCCGUCUGAAUUUCUUCAAAAGCCCCGCGUGGUCUACGAGUCUACCGACCCCGAGCUAGGCCGACUGCUCCGUCCCUGCAAAUGCAAAGGCUCCUCGCGACAUGUACACGAAGGAUGUCUCCAGACAUGGCGGCACGCGGAUCCCAGAUAUGGCCGGCGGAAUUACUGGCAAUGCCCAACCUGUGGCUUUCAGUACCGGCUGGAGCGGCUUACUUGGGCUCGGUGGAUCAGUAGCUCCGGCACUCAGAUUCUACUUACCAUUGGCGUGCUUCUUUUGACUAUGUUUCUACUUGGAUUUGUUGCUGACCCUAUCAUUGAAUUUUUCCUCGUCGAUUUAGACGACCUCCCUUUAGAAGUGGAGGAUCUUCACACAUCACAGGCAUCGUGGGUGGCGCAUUUCAUCAAGGGACUUGCCUCUCUUGGACUCUUGUCCUUCUUCCGGGUCAUGUUUAUGAUGUCGCCGUGGAAUCUCCGUGUUGCAACGGGAGGAGGUCGGUCCUCUAGCCGGGAUCGGAUGCGUUGGCUGAUGAUCGUGAUUGGCGUGGGCACUUUUCUUUGGGCUGUCUACAAGGGCGUUCGAUCAUGGAGCAAACGCACACUAGAAAAAGCUGGCGAAAGAGUCAUGGACGUCCCUUUACCAGACGACGAGGAUGACGAUGCUGUCAUGCCUCAAACUCAUACCAAUGAUCAUUCCAAGACCGAUUAACUUGUUUUUACUGUUUUGCUUUUUUACACCCUCGACUCGCACUACUUUAAGUUGCCGUGCUCCUUUCCAUGACACGCUGAUUAGUCACUGUGCGAAGAACGAUUCUCGACCUUCAUUAACUCUCGGCUGUUCUGUCUGAGACUCUUUGUCGAUGGCCUCUGGAGCGUUUUGUUCCAUGUCGUUGACUACUUGUCGCUAAUCAGAUGGACUUUGAGGGGAAGGCAGAACCAUGCCUCGAUUAGCAAACGGGAAGCAUCCAUGAUGCUACGCACUCUGUUUGACAUUAUGUUUUACGUUGUGUGCUGCAUUAUUUUCUACGCGCUUCUGGGAAAUCGAGGAAUGGUACAUCUUCAUGUUCCGUAUUCAUAGGGGAAGCGUUCACCAUCCAGCGUUUAUCUGAACUCUCACUUUCCAUUUAUACCCCACGACUCACGUUGCCAGAACUUGUCCACUUAGGCAGAUAAUCAACUCUUCUCUUCUCUUCUGUUUCUCUCCCUUAACUCUCCCUUUCUCCACACGUUGAACCCUCUUCCAUUUCAUCUUUCCUUCUCAUACCGUAGCUCUUCAUUCCUGCUACUCAGCAAACACCACUCAC